UCGGUACGUUCAGGGUCUGAACGUUCAAGAACUCCGUCUGCAUGUCUUUAUUAUCAACAAUAUCGCCACUAAAUAUUCUCUACCACCCUCCGAAUGCAGAUUAACAGGUAUGCCAAAGGAAAAAUAUGAUUCCCCGGAUCCUCGCCGAUUAUACACCAUCAUGUCAGCUGAGGAGGCAGCCAACGGGAAGAAGUCGCACUGGGCCGAGCUGGAGAUAUCAGGUCGGGUCAGAAGUCUGAGCAGUUCUCUGUGGACUCUCACCCACCUGACGGCUCUACACAUCAACGACAACAACCUGAGUCGCAUCCCGCCCGACAUCGCCAAGCUCCCACACCUGGCCUACCUUAACCUGUCGUCCAACAAGCUCCGCAGCUUGCCUGCCGAACUCGGAAACAUGGUGUCUCUCAGGGAGUUGCUUUUAAACAACAAUCUUUUGCGAGUUCUACCUUACGAACUCGGGCGGCUGUUCCAGUUACAAACCCUGGGGCUAAAAGGUAACCCUUUGUCCCAAGACAUCCUCAACCUGUACCAGGAAUCAGAUGGAACCAGAAACCUGUUGAACUACAUGCUUGACAAUCUAGCAGUGCACCCAGAACAGCUCCCCCAGAGACCCUGGAUCACCUUGAAGGAGCGGGACCCAAUGAUCCCUACAGCCAUGUUCACAGUGAUGUGUUACAACGUGCUGUGCGAUAAGUACGCCACUCGUCAGCUGUACGGCUACUGUCCCUCCUGGGCCCUCAACUGGGAGUACAGGAAGAAGGGCAUCAUGGAGGAGAUCACACACUGUGACGCUGACAUCAUCAGUCUACAGGAGGUGGAGACGGAGCAGUACCACGCCCUCUUCCUGGAGACUCUAAAAGACCAUGGGUACGAGGGGUACUUCUGCCCAAAGUCUCGUGCCAAACUGGUCUCAGAACAGGAGAGGAAGCACGUGGAUGGAUGUGCUGUGUUCUUCAAGACUGAGAAAUUUACUCUGGUGCAGAAACACACGGUGGAGUUCAACCAGGUUGCCAUGGCAAACUCUGAGGGUUCAGAGGUCAUGUUGAACAGGGUCAUGACCAAGGACAACAUCGGGGUCGCUGUCCUACUGGAGGUCAACAAGGACAUGUUCUCUGGUGGCAUGAAGCCUCUGCAGGAGACACAGUUCCUUCUGGUGGCUAACGCCCACAUGCACUGGGACCCAGAGUUCUGUGACGUCAAGCUGAUUCAGACCAUGAUGUUCCUGUCUGAGCUGAAGAGCAUCACCGAGAGGGCGCUGAGCUCCGUGGCAACAGGCUCCCCGACCUCCGACCCCUCCUCCAUCCCUAUCGUCCUCUGUGCUGACCUCAACUCCCUGCCAGACUCUGGUGUAGUGGAGUACCUGAGUAACGGUGGUGUAGCAGAGAACCAUAAGGACUUCAGAGAGCUGCGCUACAACGAGGCUCUCAGCAACUUCAGCUGCCAGGGGAAGAACGGCCCAUCUGACGGCAGCAUCACUCACAGCUUCCAGCUGAAGAGCGCCUACCAGGGCAGCCUCAUGUCUUACACCAACUAUACGUAUGACUUCAAGGGCGUGAUCGACUACAUCUUCUUCUCCAAGACUCACAUGUCUGUAGCGGGGUUGCUCGGUCCCCUGGAGUCUCAGUGGUUAACGGACAACAACAUCACCGGCUGUCCCCACCCCCACAUCCCCUCUGACCACUUCUCUCUGCUCGCCCAGCUGGAGCUCCACCCGCCCGUCACCUCCUCCCUCAACGGCCUGCACCUGCCCGUCCACAGGUAGUGAGGGACCAACCUCUCACCCAUGAUCCUUGACCUUUGAACCACUAAUGCCCUGCCCCAUCUCUGCCGAACAAACAAACCCAGACAGGCCAUCCCCCCCGACGGAGUAUUCACCCCUUCUGCUCCUCUUUUAACCUCCAUUUUGCACACUGAUUGGAUUUCUGUUUGUUUUUGUUUGUUGUCUUUAUUUGUCUACAUGAACGGCUUGAUACCAAAUUAGGGUUGGGAUUUGUGUUUUGUGUUGUUUUCUGGUCACAUUACAUACCGCUGCUCUUCUCCUUGGACGCAAAAGUGCGUCUGAAAUAGCACCCUAUUCCCUAUAUAGUGCACUACUUUUGACCAGGGCCCUAUGUGGGACUUGGUCUAAAGUAGUGCACGAUAUGGGGAAUAGGGUUCCGUUUGGGAGGGAGCCCCAAGUUCAGGUCAUCCUGAUCUGGUGUCAGAGUUUUUUUGCCUUAAACCUGGUUUGGAUGGUGGUGACUUUUUGUCACAUAACCUUCUACAGUAACAAUGACAACCGACAUCUGAAUUCUCUCCGUUCGAUUUUGAGGUACCCAAUCCUCAAGACAACUACUUAACAUAUUUUACAAAUAUGACAUCCAAAGUUCUACUGAAUUGUAUUUUAUGAUCAUGUUAAGUCCUAUCAUUUCAACAUAAAUGUUACCCCAAACACGUUUUUCUUUCUUCUCCUAAAUCACAAAGGAUGGGGUGUGGGACUUUUCAGUAUUGCUCGAUUUGGUGUAAUGUAUGGAAAGAGGACAGAUGUGCUUUUUAUCACGUCAGUAUAUCAGUCGAAGAUUAAAUGUAGAUUUCAAUAUGGAAAUCAAAAUGUGAAAUGGGGCUUCUAUGGAGACGAUCGUUGAACAGGAUCCCAGCCCUACUAACUCCAAUCCCAGCAUCCCUGUCAGCUUCUAUGGAGACCUAUAGGAACGAUCGUUGAACAGGAUCCCAGCCCUACUAACUCCAAUCCCAGCAUCCCUGUCAGCUUCUAUGGAGACCUAUAGGAACGAUCGUUGAACAGGAUCCCAGCCCUACUAACUCCAAUCCCAGCAUCCCUGUCAGCUUCUAUGGAGACCUAUAGGAACGAUCGUUGAACAGGAUCCCAGCCCUACUAACUCCAAUCCCAGCAUCCCUGUCAGCUUCUAUGGAGACCUAUAGGAACGAUCGUUGAACAGGAUCCCAGCCCUACUAACUCCAAUCCCAGCAUCCCUGUCAGCUUCUAUGGAGACCUAUAGGAACGAUCGUUGAACAGGAUCCCAGCCCUACUAACUCCAAUCCCAGCAUCCCUGUCAACUUACGUUGCUUUCACCUCACGUUGCUAUUUAUGUUGACACUACGCACUGAUUUCCCCUCGUCCGUUUGAGUUGCUUGCGAGUGGUGUGUUCCCCUGAUCCAAACCAAAAUUAACUUAUGGAUUGCAGUCAUUUUAGAUAUGUCUUUGACCAAUUUAUCUUGUUAAUCAUUAUGAUUUGGUCUUUAGCUUUUAAACUGCAGUGCAUUUAACACCUUUAAAGUCAUAAGUCUUAAGCCCAACUUCCCCGAGGCUCGUAGCCAAGAGUCCUCAUCAAUCCAUCAAUGUUUGAUUGAUAGAUUCAUUGAAGAAUCCUCCCAAAACCAAUCACAUUUGCUUGCCAUGUGUUGCGUUAUCUAUGUAUUAAGAGGCGUGAGAAAGGAUUGGUGUGUUUCCAAGCCAGAUGUCAUUAAGGAAGUGGUCAUGUCCUAUCAUUGAUUAAUGCUGAGCUGACUGUAUUUCUAAUCGAAACGCUCACAACAACCGCAGUGGUUUUUAGCUCAAUUCUACAUAGCAAUAGCUUCCAAACCAUUGGAAAUGUGUGUGUGUGUGUGUGUGUGUGUGUUAGGUAAAAAUAAUAGGUUACGUCCCAAGUGACACCCUAUUCCCAAUAUAGUGCACUACUUUAGACCAGAGCCCUAUAUUUUUUUAUUUUUUUUAUUUCACCUUUAUUUAACCAGGUAGGCUAGUUGAGAACAAGUUCUCAUUUGCAACUGCGACCUGGCCAAGAUAAAGCAUAGCAGUGUGAACAGACAACACAGAGUUACACAUGGAGUAAACAAUUAACAAGUCAAUAUAGUGCACUACUUUAGACCAGAACCCUAUAUAGUGCACUACUUUAGACCAGAGCCCUAUAUAGUGCACUACUUUAGACCAGAGCCCUAUAUAGUGCACUACUUUAGACCAGAGCCCUAUUCCUUAUAUAGUGCACUACUUUAGACCAGAGCCCUAUUCCCUAUAUAGUGCACUACUUUAGACCAGAGCCCUAUUCCUUAUAUAGUGCACUACUUUAGACCAGAGCCCUAUUCCCUAUAUAGUGCACUGCUGUUGACCUGGGUCAAAUAGUUCUGGUCAACAGUAGAGCAUCAUGUCUGUGUUUACACAGGCAGCUCAACUCUGAUCUUUUUUCCACUAAUUGGUAUUUUGACCAAUCACAUCAGACAUUUCACAUUACAUAUUUUUUAGAGCUGGUCUGAUUUUUGUCAAAAUACCAAUUAGUGCAAAAAAUAAUAUCAGCAUUGGGCUGCCUGUGUAAACACAGCCUGGGUGUAGGGUAUGGGGAGCAAUUUGGGACAUAAGCCAAACUCAAUGUGAUGCCCGGCUUACUGCGGUGGAACCCAGGGGUGUACUGUGCAUUAAAGAAUACCUCUUCUGUUCAUGACCAAGACUCUAGACUCAAGACUCUAAGAAGCUAGGUCCCUACCAAUGACUUUAGAUAUGUUACACAUACACUAAUGUUCAGUACAAGCUAUAGGCUAUAUAGCUGACACAGGGUUGUCUGACAGAGUUUGGGGGUAGCACACUGCAAUAGGUUAUUACUGAGUAAUUGAGUAAUACCAUUUUUACCAUGUCAUUUCUUAAGAAGUACCUAGUUAUAGAAAUUAUUAUCUAAAGUGAUAGAGUUGAGGGGUUGUAGAAGUGAUCAAACCUAGCGUUUGUUCCCAGAGAUAUUUGAAUGAUAGAAGCCAUAUAUUUAUGGGGAUUUAAAAGGUUGAAAGAUGUUAACUUUCUCAAAACUCAGUUUUUUCCCAGAAAUCCUUGUUAGAACAUUCCCCGAAUCAAGGAAUAAGGAAUAAGAAGGCAAUCCAUGAAUCCUCCAACCAGAACCUGUGGAUUUUGGAAAAAGUUAGCAGACUAUUUGCAACCCUAACGGGGAUACAAUAACACCAUGGCAACACUGUACUGUGUGUGCAGGUUGAAGCUGCGUCGACAUAACGUAACGUUAUAACAUGUCUUGACAACAUUGGCUCUGCUUUAUUUGCACGUGAUUAUCUAACACGCUAUGCCUCCAAUUUCAAUGACUUCUGUGAAACUAGCCUGAGAGAGUGAGAACGGACGGGGGGGGGGGUCAUUUCUGGGCCCAUACUUCACUCCCCCCAGAUCUUCAUUUAGUAGGGUACGACUAUUUUUAUGGCAGUUGUAUAUUCAACCAGAUAUUAACGUCUUUGGUGACCGUCUGAUCACCAUAACUGCUUUACAUCCGUUGGGGGUAAUGUACAAUUUUCCUAGCCUGGUCUCAGAUACACUAUGAAUAUAUACAAAAGUAUAUGGAACCCUUCAAAUCCGUGGAGUCGGCUAUUUCAGCCACACGUAUUGCUGACAGUUAUAUAAAAUCGAGCACACAUUCAUGCAAUCUCCAUAGACAAUCAUUGGCAGUAGAAUGGCCUUACUGAAGUUUUCCCCCGGUCAACUGAAAGUGCUGUUAUGUGAAGUGGAAACGUCUAGGAACGACAACGGCUCAGCCGUGACAUGAUAGGCCACACAAGCUCACAGAACGGGACCCCCGAGUGCUGAGGCCCGGACUCUGGACGGCUCAUGACAUGAUAGGCCACACAAGCUCCCAGAACGGGACCCCCGAGUGCUGAGGCACGGACUCUGGACGGCUCAUGACAUGAUAGGCCACACAAGCUCCCAGAACGGGACCCCCGAGUGCUGAGGCACGGACUCUGGACGGCUCAUGACAUGAUAGGCCACACAAGCUCACAGAACGGGACCCCCGAGUGCUGAGGACUCUGGAGCAGUGGAAAAGACUCUCUAGAGUGAUGAGUCAUGCUAUACCAUCUGGCAGUUCGACGGACGAAUCUGUGUUUGGCUGGUGCCCGGGGGGAUGCUGCCUGCCCCGAUGCUUGAUGUCGACUGUAAAGUUUGGUGGAGGAGGAAUAAUGGUAUUGGGCUGUUUUUCAUGGUUCGGGCUAGGACCAUUUAGUUCCAGUGAAAUCUACAUUUUAACGCUACAGCAUACAAUGACAUUCUAGACGAUUCUGUGCAUCCAACUUUGUGGCAACAGUUUGGGGAAGGCCCUUUGCUGUUUUCAGCAGGACAAUGCCCCCGCGCACAAAUCUAGAUCCAUACAGAAAUGUUUUGUUGUGAUCGGUGUGGGAGAACUUGACUUUGCCUUCACAGAGCCCAGACCUCAAUCGCAUUGAACAGCUUUGGGAUGAAUGGGAACGCCGACUGCGAGCCAGAGGCCUAACCAGCCCAACAUCAGUGCCCAACCUCACUGAUGCUCUUGUGGCUGAAUAGAAGCAAGUCCCAGCAGCAAUGUUCCAACAUUUAGUGGAAAGCCUUCCCAGACAAGUGGAGGCUGUUAUAGCAGCAAAGCGGGGACCAACUCGAUACAAAAAUCAUGGGAAUUAAUAUGGAGAUAUUGGACCAGUGGUGUCCACAUACUUUUGGUCAUGUAGUGGACAUUUGUUCUGUCUUGCCAACUCUUAUGGUCAUUUGUUUUUGCGACAAAGCAAACUGAUCUGGGGCCAGGCUACAAUUUUCUUACUAGAAGGGUUAUUUCGAUUUUGACACAAGUCCAAAGUUUGUCAAUCUUAUGUGUCCCAGUCAGUGUGCCACCAUUUUGUGUGUGAAAUAACCCCCAGCUCAACACAGUACAGACAGAAGUAGAAGUACCAAUGCUUCAAUUCGAAGCUUGUUUUUAAACUAUGGGCAUUUUUGUCUGUGAUCUAAAUGCAGUCUCUAAAUUGGUACUUUGUGUGAAAACAGUAAUUACAAGUUUUUGAAAAAGAGCUUUGUCGUUAAUGGGUUUUAUUAAGACUGAAAUGUUUUAUGUGGAAUCAAUCUAAAUGAUCAAAUGAUGGUCGACUCUUUCUAAAUCCAUUUUUUCUUUUUUUUGUCCCUUUUUCAGCUGAUGAUCUCCUAGUCUUCCCUAGGACUUUUUAUGUUUGAACAAGGUCUCCCACUCCCAAACACUGUAAUUACUUCCCCAACUUCAGCUGUACACCCCCACCCCCCCUCCAGCCCCCUUCCCCUGCACCCCUCCACAUAUCUCAUUUAAUAUCACAGCCUUUUUUUCUCUCUCUCAUGAACACAUCCACUCUUACUUUACAUUUGUAUCAAAGUUAGUUUUGUAGAGCACACCUCCAUUUUCUUACUUACAACAAAAACAACGUGCCUCGUUUGUACAGUGUACAAUCUCUCCAACAGCAGCACUGCCUAGGAAAAUCGUUUGCGUUUACACAGGCAGACCAAAUCUGAUCUUUUGCCACUAACUUUUGACCAAUCAGAUCAGAAUUUUUUUUGCCAAUAAUUGGUCAAAAGAUCAGAAUGUGCUGCCUGUUUUUAAACCCAGCCUGAGUAGCUCAGACUAACCAUGCGCCAACAUCUAUCCAUCCAUUCAUCCAUCCCUCCCUCCAUUCAUCCCUCUCCAUCCCUCUCUCCAUCCAUCCCUUCCAUCAUCCAUCUCUCCAUCCAUCCCUUCCAUCAUCCCUCUCUCCAUCCAUCCCUUCAUCAUCCAUCUCUCCACCCAGCCCUUCAUCAUCCAUCUCUCCACCCAGCCCUUCAUCAUCCAUCUCUCCAUCCAUCCCUUCCAUCAUCCCUCUCUCCAUCCAUCCCUUCAUCAUCCAUCUCUCCACCCAGCCCUUCAUCAUCCAUCUCUCCACCCAGCCCUUCAUCAUCCAUCUCUCCAUCCAUCCCUUCCAUCAUCCCUCUCUCCAUCCAUCCCUUCAUCAUCCAUCUCUCCACCCAGCCCUUCAUCAUCCAUCUCUCCAUCCCAUCAUCCAUCUCUCCAUCCCUCCAUCUCUCCAUCCAUCUAUCCCUCCAUCCAUCCAUCCCUCCAUCCUUUUUCUCUUCUAUCAUCCCCUGUUCCAUCCUCAGAAGGUAUAUGAAGUUAAACAUAGAUGAGGUACAGGGAUGACAGUGUCACCAAAACCCUCUCAUUUCAUACCACUCGGGUUGCCCUUCUGUUGCAAUUCACGUCAAAGUUAACUGAAAUUCCAAUUCAAUAAUUGAAAAAAUGGCAUCUAUUUGCAAUGUUUUUCUCAAUAAACUGAAGCUAUUUAUUUGAAAA